AGGCGGUUGUCUGUCGGUCCGCAGGAGCCCAUCGAAUACCGCGUGGGUCUUGGGGUCUUCAAUCAUCCGAAUCCGAAUCGGAAUCCGUAAACGCGAACCGGAAUAUCCAAGAGCGAUUGAUCAGCCGCCGGCUUACCUGACCGAUAACGUGUGACUGAAGAGUGUUCGUCACGCGGCUAAAAAUACAAAGGCAGAAAAAAAAAGAAAAGAAACACGAAUAUAAAAUAUCAAAUAAUAUACAAUGAAAGUGAGUGAGUGGCUGCAGCUGCAUUUGUAGUGCACUUAUAGAGUAUCCAAUUAAAUGGGACUCGGGCUCCUCAGACAGCAGUAAUAAUAAAAAAAUUCCUACCUAACUUGGGCAAUAAAAAUAAUAACAGCACUGUGUCAAUAAAACAAUGCGGAAUGUUUUGAUAUGAAAGCGGAGGACUGUGGAGGAAAGCGAUUGCAUUAAGUAAGUAAACAGUGCGCUGAGGACCCUUCCCGCCGAAGGACCCUUAUAAAGGGUUUGCCUCUUGCCAGAACCCCUUCACCUUCACCCAAUUCAGGUGGUGGAGUGACGUUUCCAUAGAUCAAAAGGAGGACCAAGGAGCAAGGACCAAGGACCGGCUGACAAUGCCAGCAGUUGAACCCAACAGAUCCAGAUCCUGCUCCACCAGCCACUCCAGGGAUAUGGAAGGACAUGGAAGGGCUUAGGCGGCCUGCUGCCUACUCGAUAGCGAACUCAACCGGCCGAUCCAUGGCUGUCAACUUGCAGCUGAAUAAUUUAAGCGCCAUUUAUCCAUCGCUCAUGUAUGUGGCCGCCUCCUCCCUGCGGGGAUUGGGAGCGGGAUCUGGCGGUCUGCCGGAAAACAUAUCCAUCGUUUACGAGGAUGCGGCCAAUGGGACAGGCACAGGAAGUGCUUUUCCCAAUGGCACUUCGGGCGGCGCGCUGGAUGCAGUGGCUCUCACCGAACCAGGACCCACGGCACCCGUGACCACAUUUAAUUACUACAACGAGUCGGCAGCGGCUGCCGAGUGGGCGCACUUCUACGAUCUCGUCCUAUCCUGGCAGGGCAUAAUCCUGAUAGCCGUCUUCGCCACCUUCAUUGUGGUCACCGUCAUCGGCAACACGCUGGUGAUCCUGGCCAUCCUGACCACGCGCCGCCUGCGAACCAUCACCAACUGCUUUGUGAUGAGCCUGGCGGUGGCCGACCUCCUCGUGGGCAUCUUCGUAAUGCCCCCCGCCGUCGCCGUCCAUCUCAUAGGCUCGUGGCAACUGGGCUGGGUGCUCUGCGACAUUUGGAUCUCCCUCGACGUGCUCCUCUGCACGGCCUCGAUUCUCAGCCUGUGCGCCAUCAGUGUGGACAGAUAUUUGGCCGUGACCAGGCCGCUCACGUACUCCCGUAAACGGCGCUCGAAACGAUUGGCCCUCAUCAUGAUACUAAUCGUCUGGCUGCUGGCCCUGGCCAUCACCUGUCCCCCCAUCCUGGGAUGGUACGAGCCGGGACGAAGGGACCUGCGGGAGUGCCGGUACAACCAAAACGAGGGCUACGUCAUCUUCUCGGCCAUGGGCUCCUUCUUCAUACCGAUGGCAGUCAUGAUUUAUGUGUAUGCAAGAAUUUCCUGUGUCAUUGCAUCCAGGCACGACAAUAUGACCGACAUAAGUGUUCACAACAAGAAAUUCAAGCGCUACACGGCGGCGGACGUGGAGAACGAGCUGUCGGAGCAGGAGCAGCACAGCUCGGUGGGCCAGCGGCAGAGGCAGGCCACCUCGAGGACCUUCUCCAACCAGACGAUAGCCAAGGAGCUGCACGACAUGAUGCUGAGCGACAGCGACAAUUGUGCAACAGUGGGUGGAGCAGCAGGAGGAGGAGUAACUACCUCCACUGGAGGCUCAAACACCGGCACCCACUGUCAAUCCCUGCUGGCCCUGCCUUCCGGCGGCGGAGGAGGAGCCUCAUCGGUGGGCUGUGCCAAGAACGGGUGCUACGAACUCACACGACCUUCCUCGCUGAAGCGCACUUCCACCGCCUCGACGACCAUUACCACAAUGACCAGUGGCAUGGGCCCGGGCAGCAGUCUCCUGGACGCCCAGUGGCAGUCCCAGCCGCCGGGUCACAAUCAGCCACCGCGCCCCCACAGCUUUAGGCACUCGCACGGGGAGCGGGACAGGGAUCGGAGGAGCCAUCACCAUCAUCCCCAUUAUCAUCACCAGACGAGCGGAGUGACCGCCACUUCGAGCAGCGGUGGAACAGGAAAUGCCAACGCCAACACCAACAGCAAAUCGCUGUCCAAUCGGAUUACGUCGCUGAAGAAGGAGAACAAGACCACGCAGACUUUGAGCAUUGUGGUGGGCGGCUUCAUCGCCUGCUGGCUGCCCUUCUUCGUCAACUAUCUGAUCACCCCGUUCCUGGCCGAGCACCAGGCCAGCCAAAUGCUGGCCAAGGCCCUCACCUGGCUGGGAUGGUUCAAUAGCGCCAUCAACCCGUUCAUCUACGCCUUCUACAGCGUCGACUUCCGGGCGGCCUUCUGGCGCCUCACCUGCAAGCGCUUCUUCAGCGCCGGCCAGAAGCCGCAGUUUCCCACGAACACCAUGUCCAUCAGGCGAUAAAGGGAAAAAACCCUCUCAACACAACCACACAGCCAUUCGAGCCCUGAACAAAUUGCCCGCGCAUAACACAUAUUAUUAACUUAUUCAUUAACUUUAGGUGUGGUCCGUAAUUGCACCACCAGUCAGUCAGUCAGUCAGUCAGUCCAUGUGUAAUUGUUCUCUAGUUUCUCGUUUAAUUUAUUUCAUCGUCAGGGUUUGCUUCCGAUUCUGGAUCAUUUUGCCACUUAAGAGUCGACCCUCGCCCACAUGGGAUAGUUCCACUGGUUUCCGUUGACCUUUCAGAAAUGCCACACCAUCCAUAACUUCUCGGGGGGAAACACUGCAAAACUUAAGUAUAGACUUCCUUAAGAUUCAAGUAAUGGGGAAAUAUUUAAAAAUUUGCAUUUAUUUAAUUCAGAAAAGUAUUGAUCUUGUAUUAAUCCUU